GGUGGCAGCUAGAGAGAUGGCCCAAGCUCUGAAGACCCUGGCCCAGUCUGCCCAUGGAGUGGCUGCAUCGGCGAGUGACCCCGCAGCUGCACACGCCAUGUUAGAUUCUGCUCGAGAUGUGAUGGAGGGCUCGGCCGUGCUCAUCCCAGAAGCCAAGCAGGCCCUGAUUGUUCCUGGAGAUGCGGAGAGUCAGCAGAGGCUGGCCCAGGUUACCGUCACCCUGCGAGCGCCUCCUGCUCUCUAAGCACAGGAUGUUCCAGGCGCACCUGGUGCUUUGCCUGCCCCGCGUUGGGAUUGGCCACUGCCCAGGAGCCCUGGCCCCUUUGAAGGAGACGGGUAUCCAGAAGCCAAGAUCCGGUGUCAGGCGCUGGCCCUCUUUUGAAGGUAGAGAAAACAGAAUUUACAGAUGGAUUGAA